UCAGCUGUUUCUCUCCUUCCUUUUUGCAGUGUUAUCAACACAAUGCUGGUGACAUGUGCUGUUUGCUGCUACCUGUUUUGGCUGAUUGCGAUUCUGGCUCAACUGAACCCUCUCUUUGGGCCGCAGUUAAGCAAUGAAACAAUCUGGUAUCUUAAAGCUCACUGGCCUUAAGGAUGUCUGUCCUCUGCUGCAAUUUAUUGACUAGGUAAAGAAGAAAUUUCCUCCAGAUGAAAGACUCUGCUGACCCAAAGAUGCCCUUUACAUAGCUCAUUGGAUACCAAGUCCACAUUAAUGCCUUAACCUUUCUAUUGUGCUUCAAAUGGCUUGUUCCAAGCCCUAUAUUUUUUCCUACUAUACUGUUUACCAGUGUGCCUAAUGCAAUUUAUACUCCUCUUCAGUACUGUAAAUUCAUGUCUAUUAACUUCAGAUGUGAUGAAAAUUUCUGAAGUUUUUAUGGGUCGUAGUCAGCUUUCCUGUUCGUUUUACUCACUCUGUAGGAACACUGUAUAUAUCUUACAGGUCUUAGGUUGUCUGUUGCUGUGCUGUUCACCCCUGUUCUGUUUGACUGCACUUGGGGAAAAAAUGUGUGCAAUGAAACUGUGUGAGGAGAGGAGAAACAGUGGUACCACGUGUUGAUGGCAUUUAUUUUUUAAAAUUAGUUGUAUUCUUGGGAAAUUUGGUCUUAAAUUUAUCGUGCCUGGAAAUAAAACUAAUCCUCUGCUUCAUACCAAA